UCAGGCAUUUUGUAGCAACCUGGGUGUUGGCUGGCUCUUUUGUUUCUUUCGACAAUGUCCCCUCAAAUCUCACUAGUUCUUCUCAUGAUUUCAUUUGCUGUCAAGCAGACACUAGAGUGCUCUGUGACAAACUGUUCCUGUAAGGAUAUCAAGACUACCGCUGGAUAUAAAUUCCCACAUGGAGGCUCUGGAGGAAGCACGAUUUAUAUCUACCAUAAUGAGACCUUGAUUGCGUAUGGGCAAAUACACAUACAGUCAUUCGAACUGGGGAAUGGAGUGUUGAAGAUGGAUAAGGAUUCUGUCAUUACCAGAGACUGUCAAGACCUGACAGUAAAACUGAUCGUUCCUAAUGGGCGCUUUGUAAAAGAGAUCUGUGUGAAUUUUAAAACUGCUGCCUCAACAGAGCCUGAAACCAGUUCAGACACAUCAUGGGCCUUUAUCAUCGGUGUCGUACUUGCUGUGGUCGCUUUGGUUUGUGGGUGGUGUGUUAUGUGGAAAAAGAAGCUGAAGAAGCGGUGUGGCAGAGCUACAGCUACUGGGCUACUCAAAGAGGUCCAGAUUUCCUGUUGUGCCAGAAACGGCACUUGCCAGCCAAACAGAGGAGAAAGAGACAAAGCAAGAAACUACAAUGAAUCCCACCCGGGGGGAGCCGGUGAUUUGGGUACUCAACACGACAAUGAUAUCCGGAAUGAACAAUCCUCUGACAGGAACCCACGUGGAUGUGGUGCAGCUAACACAGAGCGAAGCAACAUUCUUGAAAGAGUGGUUGUUCAGAGGAACCUGGGGCAUGAUCCAGGAGGAGUAAAUAGCUGUAACAAAGAAGACAUUGCUAGGGAUGUGGCCAGUGCAUGGCCCAUUGGUGCUGGUGGGUUGGACGCUGAGGAACAUGAGACUGAAGGACGACAGCUGUUGUUGAAUCAGCGAGCUGCCAACCGAGCUUCUGACCAGGGAGGUGAAGCUAUAGCUUUGGUGGACAAGCAUAGCUUUGAAAAUGAACCAGUCAGUGGGUGCUCGAAUGCACUGGACACGGACGUGGAGUCAAAUGAAGAACUACAAUACUAGUACAAUAAUAAUAAUAAUAAUAAUAAUAAUAAUAAUAUCAAUAAUAACAAUAAUAAUAAUAAUACACAUUCAAUAUUCACACAGUUGCACUACGGGAUACUUUUUCUGACUUGUCCUUUGGGACCAAAUUCUGAAUUUUGUUUCUAAUAAUUUUUCAACCAGUAUUUACAGAGACUUUGGGAAGGCCAGUGUGCAGACUUUUAUGUAAUUCCCGGUAUGACGUAUGCAGUGUUUUCCGAGAGGAACAUGAUCAAGUCAGUAAAUCAGAGACACUGACAUGACCAUUAGUUAUUAAUGUUUGGUAGCUGGCUGCAGUCACAGUAAAGCUUGUUGGGAGGAAUGUAAGACACUGCUCUCUCCUGAAAAUGCUGUAUACUGUACGUACUGCAUGAUGGGAAGUUUGUCACUGAUGAUAGUAAUUACUUUGUUGGCCAAAGGAUGGGUGGACCAAAAAUUCAGAAUAAGUAUCCCGUACACUGCUGUUAUUCAACUUAUGAUAUAUAGAUAUAGAAAUAGAUAUACACACAUUAUGGAUGAUAUAAUGUGUGUAUAUACAUAUAUUUUUUUUGGUUGUUUCUUGAUAUUGCUAUAUUGCUUAUAGUUGCUGUAGGUGAAAUGUUUUGGCUUUUUUUUAUAGUCAUUUGAUUUUUUUGGCAUCUUGUGAUAUUGCCUCUAAUUUGUGCUUUGCUUCCUUUCAUUUAUCAAUGAUCAUUUAAUCCAUUGCUCUUUUCUUGAUUAGUUUAGUAGUGGUAAUAACAACAAAGCCUGUUACAUUUAGCUAUUCAAUCAGUUGCGCUGAUUUUUUAAUUGCCAUGUUUAGAUGUGUGUUAAAGCAUUUAGAGACAAUUUGUAUUGUUAUUGGCGCUAUAUAUGUAUAAUUGAAGUGUAUUGAUUUGAAAUGUAGUAUGUUAAAGGUAUCAUGUAUUCUUAAUAAAUUUACUCAACAGUGAA